AUGCGUUUUCUCGCCCAAAUUGGUGUUACAGCCUUGCUGUCAACUUAUGUCCUAGGUCACCCAAAAUCGACCUCUACGUCCCGUCGGGCUCUUCACCGCCGAGUCAUUGAUCUCGGAGCAUUCCGAUUAAACACCAUCCCUUCAUAUAGUAAUGCAUCAAUCACGGACGCCUCCGGCCUAACAUCUCUCGCGAAAAGAGAUGGCUAUAUUGGUACCGCUACGGCACUUGUUCAAAAAGUCAUCCCUGGGGCAGAAUUCCGCUUGGUUGAUGACCAUUACGUUGGCGUGAAUCGCAUUGCUCAUGCUAAUUUCAAGCAGACAGUUCAUGGUCUAGAUAUUGACAAUGCCGACUUUAAUGUCAAUAUCGCUGCAGAUGGAUCGGUUUUCUCGUACGGGAACUCCUUCUUUACAGGAGUUAUUCCCACCGAGAACCCUUUGAUGAAGGCCGUUCAUAUUGAUGCUGUCACUGCACUCAAGAAGGUGUCGAGCACUCUUGUCUUGCCAAUCUCCGCCGAUGCUGCAACUGCGGUUCCAGCAUCAGAUAUUGAACACUAUGUGCUGAAAGGCUCUUCGGGCGCACAUUCAGACCCAAAAGCACAUCUGCACUCCAGCCCCUGGGAAGUAAACGACCCCAGCAAAGGCUCCCGCUCAAUCGAAACAAAUCCCCAAGAAAGCGGACCGUCUCCCUUCACCUGGGAAAGCGAUGGGACGACCAGUUACACUGCCACUGAAGGAAACAACGGGUUCGCCCAAGCAAACUGGGAAGGAGACUCCUCCUAUCUGAGCGACUACCGUCCCAGCUCCACAGGAGGCAACUUCGCCUUCGGCCUGGAUCUCACCAACCCUAACCCCAAGACCUACGCCAACGCUUCAGUAACACAACUCUGGUACACGGCAAACCUAUACCAUGACCUCCUCUACAACCUCGGCUUCACCGAAGCUGCAGGAAAUUUCGAAACAAAUAACAACGGUAAAGGCGGAAAGGGCAACGACGCUGUGAUCCUGAACUCUCAAGAUGCUGCUGGAACCGACAACGCAGAUUUUGCAAUCCCAGCAGACGGAUCCCAACCCAGAAUGCGGAUGUUCAUCUGGGACUACUCUACCCCGCACCGCGACUGCGCCUUCGACGCCGGUGUCAUAAUCCACGAAUAUACCCACGGUCUCUCCAACCGCCUCACCGGCGGCCCUGCUAACGUCGCGUGCCUCAAUGUCCUCGAAGCAGGAGGAAUGGGCGAAGGCUGGGGAGACUUCGUGGCUAUCGCUAUCCACGUCAAAACUUCUGACACGCGAAACAGGGCCUAUCCGCUGGGCGAUUGGAUCUAUAACAAUGCAGCGGGGAUUCGAAAUUAUUUGUACAGCACGAGCUUGAGUACGAAUCCAUUGACGUAUGCGGGCACCAAUAGUUUGAAUGAAGUGUAUGCUAUUGACACGCUCUGGGCGACGAUACUAUAUGAGGUGCUUUGGAAUUUGGUAGAUAUCCAUGGAAUUACAGCAACGCGCAAACCUGUCUUUAGUGGCAAGAUCCCCACCGACGGAAGAUUCUUGGCGAUGAAGUUGGUGGUUGAUGGGAUGGCUUUACAACCAUGCAACCCAACGACGCCGCAAGCUACAGAUGCAAUUAUCGAUGCUGAUACGGCGCUCACUGGAGGUGUCAAUAAGUGUGCGCUGUGGACGGCGUUUGCGAAGAGAGGGUCGGGGGCUAAUGCUAAGAGGAACUCGGGGACGAACCGAAAGGAGGGUUAUACCAUUCCGGCGGGGGUGUGCUAGAUUGCACUUCGCGAUACCGGGAGUAUGGGGAAGGUAGACGGGCGAGAAAGAGAGGGAGGGAGAGGCCCGAGGGGAUUUUGAUAUUCAUUACAUUUCCUAUGAUUUCAUUCGAUGUUAUUUCCUUCCUGUGUUCCGUAUUCCAUUUUACACAACCUUUUUAUUUGGGCCUUGAUUGGUUGAAGGGUUGAGGGCGUGUGCAUGUGCUUGUGCAUAUGCCACCCGCAAGACAACAUGAUUCCACUUCAGCUGAUGACACACAGCAUUCUUGCGAUUUCUUGCAAAGUUCGUGCUUUCCCAGAUUCUUCUGAAUAUAAAGAUCGUAAAU